UUCUAAGAACUGGUAAUCUGAAUCUCACAGAGAGCCAGAGAGAGAGAGAGCGAGAGAGAGAAAUGGAACUUCAUCAUUUCAGUCACACACAUCCGUUGACUUUCUAUGAAGGGCCUGAAAAUACCUAUUGCUCCGGCUGCCUAGAGUCAAUAGUCAAGGAAUCUAGCUAUGGUUGCAGCCAAUGUGACUAUUUUCUCCACAGAAGAUGUGCAGAGCUACCCCGUGAAAUUUCCCAUCCUGUCCACCGAAGACACCCUCUUCUUCUUCAACCCUACCAGCAGGGACUUGAUUGUGUUUUGUGCCGCCGCAGUGGGCAGAGCCUGGUUUAUUACUGCUCUCUCUGUUACUUUUCCCUUGACAUUAAAUGUGCUGAAAUUUUACCUCCGGUUAUUCAAUCUAAAACCCAUGAACACCCUUUUACCCUCCUCUGCAAGAAAAUCUCAUUCUCUUGUGAUGCUUGUGGCCGAGAUGGCUCUCACUCUCCCUACGUUUGCACCUCCUGCAACCUCACAGUUCACAACCACUGUAUUUCAUUACCGAGAACCAUCAGAAUAAUUCGCCAUGAACAUCUUCUCAAACAUACUUUUUUUCUUCAUGAAAGUGAGUCUGAUUGGCGCCGCUGUUCGAUUUGUCACGAGGGUCUGAGGGCAGAUCGUGGGUGUUAUCACUGUCCAGCAUGCGAUUAUGCUGCCCAUGUUCACUGCGCAACACGCUCUAAUAUAUGGGAUGGCACAACAAGAGAUGAACAAGAUGAUACGGAGAGCAGUGAGGCAAGGCUAGAUUCUAUAAUCAGGGUUGUUAAGGAAAUCAAGCUGGGUGAAGACAUGAUUGCAGCUGAGAUUGAGCAUUUCAGCCAUGAACAUACCUUGAUUUUCAGUAACGAGGUUAAGGAUGAUAAAGGUUGUGAUGGAUGCGGAAUACCCAUCUCGUCUCCAUUUUAUAGCUGUGAAGGGUGUGAUUUCUUCCUCCAUAAAACUUGUGCUGAAUUACCCAGAAAUAAGCUUUACCCAUUUCACCAGCAUACACUCACUCUUCAACCAAAAUCACCUCAUUCUAACAGAGUCUUAGCAUGUAAUGUCUGUUCAAUCUACUCCAAUGGUUUCUCUUACAACUGCGAGAGAUGCAGUUUUAAUCUCGAUCUUCGCUGCUCUUCAAUUUCGGACACUCUUACCCAUCAAGCUCACGAACAUAGUCUCUUUGCCUUCUUCAACAGAGCUGCAUUGCGGGAAUGCAAAGGCUGUGGUGCAUUGGAAAAGAACGGACUGGGAUGCCAUGAAUGUGGCUAUGUUCUUGAUUUCAAAUGUGCUACACUACCACUCACAGCUAUGCAUAGCUAUGACGACCAUCCUCUGAAACUCACCUUCCAGGAUGAUUCGGAUCAGCUUGAAUGCGAUGUAUGCGAAGAUAAGAGAAACCCAAAUCAUUGGUUCUACUCAUGUGAUGAUUGCGGUGUCACCAUUCAUCCCGAAUGUGUUUUUGGCAAGUAUCCUUAUAUUAAGGUUGGAGAUACUUACACAAUUGAUUCUCACCCACAUUCCCUCCGUUUCGUGAAGAAGACAGAGAAGUAUCCUUCCUGCAACUCUUGCGGCCAACCCUGCACAGAUUUGGCACUUGAAUGUGCAGAGUCUGAAUGUAGUUUUAUAGUUCACUGGGAAUGUGUUGCUCUUAACAAGUCUUGAUUUUUAGAAUAUAUUUGGCAGCCAAAUCUAUUUAAGUCUUGUAGUUUCUGCUACAAACGCAGUAAACGGAACAGGAGACUAAGAUGGAGAUCAAACUAAAGGUCGCCCCCAUCACUGCUUUUCCAAGAUUGACCGCAAGAAAUUAUCAAAGCUUUUGCCAUAUUUGCUUCUAAGAAAGAUUCUGCAGGUCCUACUUGUAAUAAUAAUGUUGGAAUUUAUUGUUGCCCUCUUGUAUGCAUCUCUGUUUUCAAAUUCAUUUGAGGUUUUUUUUUU